AUGGGUCACCCCGCAGGUCUCCGUGCUGGUACUAGAUACGCCUUCUCCCGGGGCUUCCGGGAGAAGGGUAUGAUCAGGCUCUCGACCUACCUGAGGCAGUACAAGGUUGGCGAUAUCGUCGACAUCAAGGUCAACGGUGCUGUCCAGAAGGGUAUGGCCCACAAGGUCUACCACGGCAAGACCGGCGUUAUCUACAACGUCACCAAGUCGGCAGUCGGUAUCAUCAUCUACAAGAAGGUCAAGCACCGGUACAUCGAGAAGCGCAUCAACGUCCGGAUCGAGCACAUCCAGCCGUCUCGGUCACGGGAUGACUUCCUCCGCCGGGUCAAGGAAAACGCCGAGCUCAGGAAGAAGGCCAAGGCCGAGGGCACACCGGUGCAACUGAAGAGGCAACCCGCCAUGCCGCGCGAGGCCCGGACAGUGUCGAUCGUCGAGAACAAGCCUGAGACCGUUGCGCCGGUUGCCUACGAGACCACGAUCUAA